AUGGAGAGAGCCGACAUACCCGGCGCUCUGAGCGCUUCUCUCCCGCCCGCAACCCCCGCCUCAUCCUCACGUCCAGCGAAAGGCACUCGACCUAACGAUUACCCACUUUCCUCCGAUAAGAAACCCGGGAACGGUCCAAUGGACGCCUCAGCUCAAGGCCCUGCACCACCCAUGUCAUCCGGGUCCCGCUCGCAGAUCCCUGCGCCCGAGAAUGGCGCUGGGGCUCCUUCCAGAAACCAGAAGCGCAAAAAGAAGAAUAAACGCAGGCCCCGCAAUCGACAGCAAGCCGUUUUCACUUCCGCAGAAAACCUCACCUCGCAUGAGCGGCCUGCUACUUCUUCAGGGACCGGUGAUGCAAGAGACGUGAUGGAAGGUGACCGGCCAUUAUCGAAGGACAAACCGCCGUUCUACAAAUUAGGAAAUAACCUGAGCAAUACCAGCAUUGAGAGCGAUGCGCUGCUAGAUCACCGGGACCAGCCAAUGAUGCGACCUCGCCGAGAUAGCCGGCUCCCCUCGUCAUUUCGCCCCAGCUCCCUCCUCGCCAGCGCCAGCGCCUACCGAUCCACCGAUUCGCGGUCUCGUACCAAUGCGUCAGGGGGGAAGUCUCAAAAUCAACAGGAUGAAGAGAGCGAUGGAUCAGACGUCAAUGACCGAACACCUUUGGAUGCAGACCGCGAUUACGAUGUGAAUAAUCCACCCUCAAUGCCCGGGUCGCCAAAGCAAGGCCCGGAGAUGAACUAUGAUGACGCGGUUGUCACCGGUGUGGAAUUUGACUUUCCAUCGGCAUGGUCAUUGGAAAAUAGGAGGGAGUCCGUGGGUCGUCCGAAUGAUGCAGUGAUUGACAUGGACGGUGCAUCGCCGCGCCAGAACUCGGAGCCUGCGUCACCGACUGAGCCAUUAUCAUCACAGGAGCUCCGCCGCCGCCGCACGGUUACAUUACCGGUCGAAGAGGACGUCUGCUUCCCCGCGCAGAUCUCGGAGCUUGGGGAUGAAGGCCCACGGAUAUCACGAGACGAAACUGGGGAGCGCCGGCGGCGGAGACAUCGACAAUGGCCAGAUCUUUCGGUCCUGGAGGAAUGGAGUCGCGAAGAGAAGGAGGAUCGCAGCGGAGAUGUGCGUGUGAAAAAGAUCAGCGAGCCGGUGCUCAUUGAGGGCCGAUUGCGUCCUCAGUACAAAACGUGGCGUCGUGAGGAAGACGAUGCGCCGUAUCGGUUCACCUAUUUCAACGAAGAAUUUCAGAGCACCAUACACGCCCAGACAAUAUCUGAGUUGGUGCAACCUGGUGGGAGUUUCCGGGACUUGUUCAUCCCAGACCCGCCGGAGUUGGAGGAUUCGUCUUCCGACGAAGAGGAGGAUGAUCAUUUCGCCAGCGAACACCAAAAUCCUCCCCCUCCUGCCAGCUUGGGCCCUCGAGGUGGAUCAUCACAGCCGGAUCUCCAUUCCUCGACAGAUGGUGUAGCGUCAUGGAUGCCUAGCAAUGGCCGGAAUGCCCCCGACUCGGGUGCAGCUGUUCCAAACGGAGGCAAACAACAGGACCGACUAUCUGCCAUUGCCGAGAGCCGACCUCCUUCCCACCGUGAGAAUUCACCUUCCGUUUCACAUAUUGCAACGAAACCCAAGCGAUAUGGGCCUCGGCCUACCUUUUGGUUAGACGUGCUGUCUCCCACGGAUGCAGAGAUGCGAGUUAUUGCCAAAACCUUUGGAAUUCAUGCAUUGACGGCAGAGGACAUCAUGAUGCAAGAAGCUCGUGAGAAAGUGGAGCUUUUCCGCAGCUACUACUUCGUCAACUAUCGUACCUUCGAACAAGAUCGAAAUAGUGAAGACUACCUCGAGCCUGUCAACAUGUACGUUGUUGUCUUCCGCGAGGGUGUGAUUUCUUUCCACUUCUCCCAGACACCGCACCCUGCCAAUGUACGGCGGCGGAUCCGGCAACUCAUGGACUAUCUGAUUCUCAGCUCAGAUUGGAUUUCCUAUGCUCUCAUUGACGAUAUCACUGAUGUGUUUGGUCCUCUGAUCCAAGCCAUCGAAGAUGAAGUCGAUGAAAUAGAUGAAAUGAUUAUGCAGAUGCAUUCGUCUGCGUCUAAGGACGGAGCAACUAACGAUACUCUUGUUCCCUCGUUUGGUCCUGGAGAGAUGUUGCGACGAGUUGGCCAGUGCCGGAAGAAGGUGAUGGGGCUCUACCGCCUGCUCAGCAACAAGGCCGACGUCGUGAAGGGGUUUGCGAAGCGUUGCAAUGAGCAGUGGGAAGUUGCUCCGAAGUCUGAAAUUGGUUUGUAUCUGGGUGAUAUUCAGGACCACAUUAUGACCAUGACUGGUAAUUUAACACAUUACGAAACGAUCCUGUCUCGGGCACACUCCAACUACCUGGCCCAGAUUAAUAUCCUUAUGAAUGAGCGGCAAGAGCAGACCGCCGAUGUCUUGGGUAAACUGACUGUGCUUGGUACCAUUGUACUUCCUAUGAAUAUCAUCUGUGGUAUGUGGGGUAUGAACGUCAAGGUUCCAGGUCAAGACGUUGAGAACUUGAAUUGGUUCUGGUCAAUUACGGCCGGCUUGUUCGUCUUUGCAACGUUAUCAUUUGUGAUCGCCAAGCGGGUCUACAAAAUCGUAUAG